AAAAAGUAAAAUAAAAUAGAAUAAAAAGUAGGGCUCGCUGACGGACGUUGUCCAACUCCCAUCGUUCACGUAAAAGAUCCGGACCUUUGAACCGGCUCGUUUGCGAUCGACACAUCACUAAUACGCAUGCGCCAUACGUCAGUUUGUUAUGGUCACGUGACAGGUGAUCCACCCACCAAACUUUUAGUGAGUCGUUAAACGUGAUAAUUAGUAAGUAUAAUAUGAUGAAACAUGGAGAAACACUCCGCUGACGUGUGACUGAAGUCUUUCUAGAUUAAUGUAAACUCUGUCAGCGUUAGAAGCGGACUGAAAGCACUCACGGUUAACUAACGUUAAUGCAUUAGCAUUAGCAUUAGCCAGAGCAUCACAGGAGGAAGAGGAAGCAACUUAAUACAGCUGUUUUCAAAAUGCGGAGCCGGCAGAGGGGAUCCCACCUGGGCUUGUUGCUCCUGGCCUCCCAGCUGUUCCAGGUGGGCCUGGACAACAUCCCCCCAGUCACCCUGGCUGUCCUGGGACUCAACGUCUACCUUUUCCUGUUCCCCGCAGCUCCACUCAUGCAGGCCUGUGUGAGUGUCCAGCAGGCGUACUGGUUUAGAGACUGGCGCCGCCUCCUGCUGUCCCCGCUGCACCAUGCAGAUGAUUGGCAUCUCUACUUCAACAUGGUGUCCUUCCUCUGGAAAGGUAUCAAGCUGGAGCGCCGGCUGGGCGGGCCCUGGUUCGUCUACCUGCUGUCAGUCUUCUCUCUGCUCACCGGAUUGGUCUAUCUGCUGGUGGAGGCGUUGUUAACCGAGCUGACCCAGGACCAGUCCUACAGUAUGACCUGCGCUGUCGGCUUCUCAGGUGUCCUGUUUGCUCUGAAGGUGCUCAGUAACCAUUAUCACCCAGGAGGUGUCACCUAUGUGAUGGGUUUCCAAGUGGCUAAUCGCUAUGCUAGCUGGGUGGAGCUAGUCCUUAUCCAUGUUACAUCACCCGGGACCUCUUUUGUGGGUCACCUGGCAGGUAUCCUGGUGGGUCUGCUCUACACAGCCGGACCCCUGAAGACCAUCAUGAAGAAAUGUGCAGAGUUUGUGACAUCAAACGGAUAUAACUCCCGUCCCAGAACACAAUACAGCUCCUCAGGCUUCUCAGGCUACAGUGGCGCUGGUGGAGGAGCCUCAGGAUACCAUCAGAAUCCACCAGAUUACACAACAACUCAUUCAGCGUCUUAUACAGGAGGACUGACGGAGGAAGAGCAGAUGGAUGCAGCCAUCAGAAACAGCCUGAACGACAGAGGACAAAGCGGCCAGAGAGGAGCUCCUCCUCCUCCUUAUGGUUUCCACCUCCCCGAGGAGGCGAGAGCAGAGGAGAUCAGGUUGAGGAGACUGAGGAGGUUUGACAGCUGAAGAAGAAGAAGAAGGUUGAAGGUGAUGAGACAGAAGAGGAGUUCCCUCCUGGUCCAAACUCUGCUUCACAGACUGAGGAAGAAGGUCCAACCACUCAGACUGACUCUUUUACUGUGGGCUCCACAGACUUUACCAAAGAUUUACUGGUAGCUACGGAAAGCUACUUUAAUGUGAAUACCUGAGUGUGAGCAGGUUAGCUUUGGUUUCUGACGACACUGAAGCUGUUUCCUGACUUGCAGCUUCUGAUUUGGGAGUUAAGAGGAAAGUUAGGGGCGUUCGUAAUGUUUCUCAUGAGAUGUAAAAAGGAUACUGGACCAAUCAAAAGCCGUAGAGCCAAUUUUACACUGCAAAACAAGAUAAAAACACUAAAUCUGAGGGAAAUUAUCUUGCUGCAUGGACAGAUAAUUUCACUUGACAAGAUUUCUUAAAUUAAGAUUAUUAAAUCUAGAAAUAAGCAUGUUGAACGCUUAAAAUAACAAAUUAACUCUUAAAACAAGAUAAAUUAUCUAACACUUCUAAAUCUAAAGUUUGUUUAUCUUGGUAAGAAACUAAUAAUUUGCAGGUCACUCUGCUUGGGACAGUUCAUCGCUGCUUGCAGCUUUAAUUUAUCUUGUUUUAAGAGUUAAUUUCUUAUUUUAAGAGUUCAACAUGCUUAUUUCUAGAUUUAAUAAUCUUAAUUUAAGAAAUAUUGUCAAGUGAAAUUAUCUGUCCAUGCAGCAAGAUCAUUUCCCUCAGAUUUACUGUUUCAUCUUGUUUUUAGACACAACAUUGUUGCAGUGUACAUUUGAGCAGUGAAACAUUAUUUCUGUGAAAAAGAGGAAUUUCUCUUCUUGUUUUCCAAACCAAUUAAGACCAGGUCUGAGUAUGAAUGUUAUAUUAAGAUUUGUCAAACCUGGACUCGGUUGACAAAUAGAUUUGAGAGAUUUUACCUUCAGUUUCCUAUUUGCAGAACUUUCUUUUCUUUUAUUCUCUUCUGCCUUUUCUCCACCGAUAUAUAUAUAUAUAUAUAUAUAUAUAUAUAUAUAUAUAUAUCUCCAGGUCUAGCUCAAUAACCAUGAUACUUUGACGCAUCAAAUGUGCACUUUUUCAAUCUAGUCAGAUUUAUUAUACUUACUGCAGAUUUUAUUCAACACCUCAUCUUGUGUGUUCUUGUUCAGGGGAGGAAGGCUGUGAAGUCACACUUUCACAUUUACAUACUUCUUUUCCCCCCAUAAAUAGUUAAAUCUGAACCUGUCCAUUGACAGAAUACUUAUUGUGAAUUUGGGGAAAGCUUUGGGUCUCUCCAUGCUGGUUAUGAUAUGAUAUCUUGAAUUAUUUCUUUUUGUUUACUUUCAAACGAGCCUUUCAGAUUGCUAAAACACCUCCUGCAUGAUGCCAAGUACUCAUGCAUAACAAUUAGACUGCUACCAAACGUGAAUGCUGCCUUGAUGGUACACAUCUGGUGUCAUGGAGGCCCAGCUGGCUUGUGUAAUUGAGCAUCUGUAAUAAAUGUUCUAUUUAGCACAAAAAGUUCUGCUCAUGUAGCUGUUUUUAACCUCAUAUAAUCCAUGCUGAUCGGUGGUAAACACACGCCAGAAAACAAG